UCCGCGCAGCCCCUGCCCUCCCCCGGUGGGACGGGCCAGGCGGCGGGGAGCUGCGGGCAGACCGGGCUUGCCGGCGGUUUGUUCUGUCAUCCGUUUGGGGACAAAGUUUGGGAAUAAAGGGAGGGUUCCGCCGCCUGAUCCCGGAAAGGAAGGAGAGCUGCCAAGGGAACGUGCGACCGCCUGCUCCGCGCAGUCCCCUUCCCUGCCUCCCGCAACGACAGCGCAGCUCCUUCCUGUGAUGCUUGCGGAGCGCUGGAGAGAAGCUCUCGGCAGGGCUCUGCUCUGCUCUGCUGGACUAAAGCAACCAGAAAUGCGUCUCCGGGGUCUCUCGGCAGAGCAGUCUUGCUGCUAACCAGAGAAGUUCGAUUCUUCGUGUCUGGAAGGAUGGUAGAGUGAGCCCUGCAGAGGGACCACCCCCCUUUUUGCAUCUCACUGAGUGGACUAUGGUGGCAGGAAGAUGUUGGCUCGGAAGAGUAUCAUCCCUGAAGAGUAUGUGUUGGCACGGAUCGCUGCGGAGAACCUGCGCAAGCCACGCAUCCGAGACCGGCCACGCAAAGCCCGCUUCAUUGCCAAGAACGGGGCAUGCAACCUGGCACACAAGAACAUCCGCGAGCAGGGGCGAUUCCUGCAAGACAUUUUCACCACUUUGGUGGACCUCAAGUGGCGUCACACGCUGGUCAUCUUUACUAUGUCCUUCCUGUGCAGUUGGCUGCUCUUUGCCAUGAUGUGGUGGCUGGUAGCUUUUGCCCAUGGCGACAUGGACCCCAGCACAGAAAGUGCUACUAACAGCACCAAGUGGACACCCUGUGUGACGUGUGUCAGGUCUUUCACCUCUGCUUUCCUCUUCUCCAUUGAAGUUCAGGUGACCAUUGGUUUUGGGGGCAGGAUGAUGACAGAGGAAUGUCCCUUGGCCAUCACAGUGUUGAUCCUGCAGAACAUUGUGGGUCUGAUCAUCAACGCAGUCAUGCUGGGCUGCAUAUUCAUGAAGACUGCGCAGGCUCACAGGCGGGCAGAGACCCUGAUCUUCAGCCGGCAGGCAGUCAUCGCGGUGCGCAACGGCAAACUCUGCUUUAUGUUUCGAGUGGGAGACCUGAGGAAGAGCAUGAUCAUUAGUGCCUCGGUGAGAAUCCAGGUGGUGAGGAAGACUACCACCCCUGAAGGAGAAGUCAUACCCAUCCACCAAGUAGACAUCCCUGUGGAUAACCCCAUUGAAAGCAACAAUAUUUUCCUUGUGGCUCCUUUAAUCAUUUGUCAUGUCAUAGACAAGCGGAGUCCUCUUUACGAUAUCUCCGCUGCUGACCUGGCGCUCCAGGACCUGGAGCUCAUCGUGAUCCUUGAAGGAGUCGUAGAAACAACUGGCAUCACAACACAGGCCAGAACCUCCUACGUAGCAGAGGAGAUCCUGUGGGGCCACCGCUUCGUGCCCAUCGUCACCGAAGAGGAGGGCGUCUAUGCAGUUGACUACUCCAAGUUCGGCAACACGGUCAAAGUGGCAGCACCACGUUGCAGCGCUCGGGAGCUGGACGAGAAGCCAUCCAUCCUCAUCCAGACCCUGCAGAAGAGCGAGCUGUCGCACCAGAACUCCCUGCGGAAGCGCAACUCCAUGAGGAGGAACAAUUCCAUCCGGAGGAGCAACUCUAUGCGGAGAACCAAUCCCUCCCUCAUUGUGCCCAAAGUGCAGUUUAUCACACCCGAGGGGAGCCAAAGUGCCUCAGAAACGUGAUACACAGCUUGGUAGGAGGUCGGUGGGCUUCAGGAAAAGGAGGAGGACGCACCUGGGUGCUUCUGUUAACAUUUUCUUUUACUUCAGAAAGUGAGGACCCGAUGCAGAAAAGAACUGUGCAAGGACUUUUGAGGCUGUUACUGAAAGCACCACCCCGUGGCAUUAGGACACACUUGAGCACUUAGUGUAUGGGUUAAUAAAAAGCGGCACACACGCUGCAGAGAACACAGAUCACUCCUGUAAGAUCAUGUCUCCUGAUGCUUGCUUUAAGGGCAUGCCAUGUUUUUCCAUUGUACUUUUCCUGUCAAGGGUUUCUUGCGUAUCUUCCCCUGCUGGCUGUCACAAAGUGCUUAUUUUCUCCUGUGUAAGUUACUCACCCGCAGGCAGACACGAGUGCUUCUCCCAAACUGCUACACACAGCAGCUCCCACAGAGUUUUUUUGAACAGGACAUUUGUAUAUCAGUCUGUGGGAGUGAAUUCCUUGAUCUCUUGAUCCCCUUCAGCCUGGGGAAGAAAAGGCUCUGGGGAGACCUUGGAGCUACACUUCAGUUUCUAAAGGGGACCUACAGGAAGGUUGGAGAGGGACUGUUCAGAAGGACUUUGAGUGAUAGGAUGAGAGGCAAUGGUUUGAAAUUUGAGUAGGGCAGAUUUAGGUUGGACAUCAGGAAGUUCUUUACAAUGAGAGGGGUGAAAUACUGGAGCAGGAUGCCCAGGGAUGAGGUUGAGGCCUUGUCUCUGGAGACAUUCAAGAUCAGACUGAAUGUGGCCCUGGGCAGCCUGAUCUAGUUGGAGGUGUCUUUGCUGAGUGCAGGGGGUAUUGGACAAGAUGACCUUUGAGGGUGCCUUCCAAGCCAGUGCAGUCUGUGAAUCUGUAAAUUCCUCAAUGAUUUGAGUAGGGAAGAGCCAGUCUUUUGCCUUCAGUUUUCCAUAUCUUUUCUUUCCAUUGGUUUAUAUCAGAGGCAAAUUCAGGUGAGCUGAAGUAACCUAACCAUCCCACAGGAAAACUGGUGACAUUCUGGGUAGCACCAGC